AUGAUGAGCGUUGGUUGGAAAUAUUCAUUAAUUUCUAAAGACAUUGAAAAAGAACCUACAUUCAUGAAACCCAUUCAAAUGAUUGAAAAGAUUCAAAAGGACUGCAAAACCAAGAAUUUGAUUCGUUCCGUUCGACUCAAAUCAGCUCCUACCAACAAGUCACUUCGGAAACAAAUACCUGUUUCCGAAUACAGAGAGAAUGUGUUCAAAGUAGCAAAAACACUUCUUUCCUAUACUCCCAUGUUUUCUACCUUUGUUGAAUGUUCCAAUUCAAAAUCACCUGUUCCUUCAUCAUCUGCGUCACAUAAUAAUGUUCAAGCCAUGCAACAUGUCUUGGCAUUGUUGAUGAUUGUUAGAAAAUUAGUCUCACUUGAAUUUAAUCCGCCACUCAAUGACGUCGUAAACUGCGACUUGGUACCCUUUCUAUUCAAAAUUUUACACUUUGGAAUAGUUCAAGAAUAUCGAAGACUCUAUGAUCCGUCUUGUUCUUUCUCUUCCGUAUUGGUAACUCUUUGGAGAGAAUUAAUUUUUGAGGCUUCGUGGAUUUUAACUAAUGUCGCAUCUGGCGCACCUGCACAUACUCAAACUGUUGUUGGAAACACCGACCCAAGUAUUACCUCAAUGUCAUCCAUUCAGACUUUACUCAUGCUGCUUCAUAUUGACUCCCAAGAAAUUAAGCAACAAACGUUAUGGAGUUUGGCAAACAUUACUGGAGAUAAUGCGAGUUAUAGAGAUUCUGUCAUUUAUGCAAUUAUUCCAAAUUCAUUAGAGGGUGCCAAAUAUCUGUACCGAUCGCUCAAUACUGAAAAUAUUGAGUUUUCACAAUCGAAAUUCCCAACCAUGUCAUCCAUUGAUCUUAUCAAUAGCAUUUAUUUGGAAAACAAGAAAUCGCUCUCGAUGAAUCGAAUCAUUGCUUGGACUUUUUCAAAUUGCUUCCGUGGAAAACCAGUCAACGUUGAUAUCACAAAUGCUGCCACAGUUGCCACUGUUCUUCAAGAAAUGGUACAAACUUCGAACGAUUUGGAUGUUUUAUCCGAUGCAUUGUGGGGUAUUGCGUAUGGAACUGACACACCAGACAUGAAUUUCAUCAAUCUCUUUCUCAAUGAUAGUCUACUUCCAAUAUUAGUUCGAAACAUUUCAACUCAAACUCACCAUUCCAUUUUAUUGCCAUCGUUACGAGUUUUUGGUAAUUUCAUACGACUGGACGAUAGUACCAUCACACAACGAAUUAUAGACACUGAGGGAUUUAUGGAUGGCUUGAAAAUUUGUGCAUUGGCCAUUAACUUUUCUGUGAAAAAAGAAUCCCUGUACAUUUUGAGUAAUAUUGCAGCUGGAACUUCGCAACAGGUGCAAACAUUGAUUGACAACAAUGUCCUUAGAGAUGUCAUCGCUGUCGUUUUCAACACGAGUGAUGCAUUGUAUGUGGGCCGAGAAAUUUACUCCUUAAAGAAGGAAGCCAGUUGGGUGUUGAGUAACAUGACAGCCUAUCCAGAGCAUGUAGCACCCAUAUUUGAAACUGACCAGCUGCUAGAAUUCUUGCUAAAACUGUAUUGUGAUCCAAUGACUGAAAAUUUACUUAAACAAGAUGCACUGAAACCAAUUUUUGCCACCAUUAAUUAUUUGGAAUCUACUCAAAGAGAAUCCGUUCGACAAAGAGUCCUCGAAUUUGCAAAAGCCGUUCCAACUGGUACCUUGGACGAAGUGCUCAGCUUGUGUUGUGAGGAGGAGCUCAAAAAACAAAAAAACAGAACUUUUGAAGAAAACAACAGGAUGGUCCAAAUGAACGGCAGUAAGAGCGAGAACGAAUAG